AUGAAAACCGAGGUCACAAAUUCACUCUUAAAAACGCAAAAAUCUUGGCAUGAGAAAACUACUCACAAGGUUGCUGAAAAAUCUUCGACAGCCCAUGACCGGUUUCGCCCUUUUUGGGGCUCACCAGAUAGGCGCAGUACCCGAGUUUCCGUCAACCUUUUGUUCUACUUGAACCCAAAAUUGGACUAUUUUCGGGAAAUACACUCACUUGCGAAUCAAUCUGGUUAUCACGAGAGACUCAACUGA